AGGAAGCAAUGAAAGGAAAAGGCAUAUAUGGUAAAACCAGUGUCAAAAUGUGAGCGGGACACUAUAUGUAAAUACUCCCCACGGGCCGAUUCCAAAUGUUUUGCGGAAAUUACUCUACCCCAUCUCUAUCCCCAGUCUCCACUCCCAGACCCCGCAAAGUGCUUCGAGGAAACCGGUCCACAUAUGUACUCCGGAGUAUUUUCGGAAGUCGCAUGCCACGGAUCCAAUCGAAUCCGCCGAAUGUCCGGCCUAUCCAAGCCGGGAUCUUUGGGCCCGGAGAGGUUCCGUGUCCUAUACCAAACCUAUUGGUCUAAACAACCAAGUAAGAUCGGUCAGGUGCUGCUUUGGGUGGAGAAUGGGUCUGUUUGCGGAGAAGGGUUCAGAUCUGGCUUGAUGUCGUCCA